UAGACCCGUCUUGGGCACAACGAGACAAGUACACAAAACAUCAAAAUCCAGCUUUAUUCGAGUACAAAUUCAUCAAAACGAAGACGACACAAAAUUGUUUUGUUACGCUUGGCUUAACACGCUUUGUCAUCCAAUAAUUGACUCCCGAUUGAGUUGUCUUGCGUUAGAUAAAAUCAGUGUUAAUGAUAACAAAAUAGCUACCUCCAUAAGCGGAAUUAUGGCGAUGAUUUCGAACUUCUGAAUCAGAUCUUCCAAAAAAAAACAUAUCAGCGGAGCGUGUACGAACUAUUCGAUCACUAGCAUGGACGACCACUCCGUCGUAGUUGAACGUGCCCUUGGCUUGAUGAAAUGCUGCAAACUACCCCGGCUGACACGCAGCAUCGACGAAGCCCAACUGCGCUUGGAGACCUUCAAGGAUUUUUUGCUGAUUCUCAAUGAAACACUACCCAAAGUGUUCGACUCACUGACCCAAUACGGCAAUCAACUCUUGGCCCACGACGAAUUUAAUUCGGACAAUCUGGAAUUUCGACUCAGCCUCCUGCUGGUAAUCGCUGAGCAGCUCGCUGUACCCGGGGAACCAUAUGAUUUCCAGACACAAGUUUCUGCCUACCAGAAGCACAUAUAUCGCAUUUAUGAGCGAGAAUUUGAGCGUCUAUUGACCGGAGAUGGAAGCGAACAGUUACUGAAGCGUGUCUGGGAACAUUACCAGAAGGUUCUUCAGGGAAAAGAGUGGAUGUAUCAUCCGGCUGAUGUGAUCGGCUUCACGCGACUUUGUGAGCUGCUUUAUGGGAAUUUGUUAGAUAACGCUGGAGCAUUGUCUCAACAGGUGGCAUCAUUCAUUCUGUCUAUUGGUAUAUCCCUGGUGGAUUAUCACGACCCGGAGUAUGAGGUACUUGGCAUAAGAUUGUUUAAUGUCUUGCUAAAUGGAAAGCAUCGGGCACUGCUGUUGGAAAGCAACAUUCACCAGGUUGUGUUCCAGAAUGCAUUUCGGUUGAACGGCAAAGCGAAGAGUGAGCGGUUUUUGAGAGAACUUUAUACCUGUUAUUUUCAAUAUGUUCGACUCGAGGAAGCGGAAAGAACCGACUUCAGUGAGUGGACAAAAUUUGACGACAUCGUGGAAGCCUUACUGGACGCAUUAGCUUUCGAAUCAAAUCUGGCGCUUUCGUCAAUACUACUACUUAGUCUGCUGAAGCUUCUACUUCUCGAUUUGGCAGGUUUUGCGAUCGAUGAUUUGGAUGAGGUUCAGCACAGCAAAUGUCAUCUCUACGAACCAGUUUUGGAACAAUUGCGGAAGGUUUGUGUGUUGGAAUUCCGCAAUCGACGAUUCUACCGAUGGCACAAGAGGAUACUCCUGAUGUUGCCCUUUGAAUUGGAGAAGGCUUGUGGAAGUCAUCGAGAGCAUGGGAAGUAUAUGCACGGCAUCAAUUUAUUGUUCGUAUUAAUGGUAUUCCCCGUUGAGCAGAAAGCAAUAGGCAAUUCUCCGGAGAUUCAAUCGGCCCUGGUGGAUUUUAUGAUAACAUUCAAACGUCAUAUGCGCGAGCAAUAUGCAAGAAUACAAGCGCUGACCGGCAAAUGUGACUUCUUGAAUUCCCUCAAGGCUUCAGUAUCAUGUGAUAAAUCGAUUGCGAUUUUCAGCAAAAAAGUUGCUGCUCACUAUUUCAGCAAUAAUCCAGCUUUCUUGAGUUUGGUUGGGAUGGAAUCCGAGGGAGCCUAUCAGGAGGAUAGAAUUUUUUACGAGUGUCUCAAGGAACUGCAAGCUGGAACCCAAGUGAAUAAAUCGUUUGCACCAAAACAACACGCUAAAACCUGGCUCACGGCACGCCAGCAUAGUAGGAACACAUCGGUAAGAACACACGAUCAGUCGUAAGCGUCACACGCCCUGUCCAAGCCACGCUGACGCCCCGCUGCAAUGAGAACAUAGCCUAAUAAGCGUUUAAAAUAUCUUGAUAAUUCGUUACAUGCCUUAUUUUCAAUUUCGUAGAGCGACCCCCUUAUAUAUAAAUCAAAGACGGAGUUCUAUACAAAAAUAUUACGGGACAGUGAAAAAUUGUCGAAAAAACGUUACUGUCCCUUUUAAAACGGUACGUUUGGCCAGCCUAUACAUGAAGCACUUAGGGAAUCAAUUUUAUUUUGCUAUUAAAGGUUAAAAAUAACCGGAUAAAAAUGAACGAACUAUAUUUUUCCAAAAAAUAACGCUAGCGUUCAAAAUUCCAAGGGCUCAACUGACAUUUUAUAAGAAUCUGAAAUUGUUGAGGGGUUCUAAUCUUAGUUACUAAACUUCACGUCAAAUGUUAUGUUUUAAUGAUUCUUAACGCUAGAUUUGAACUUUUUUCCUCGUUAAUACAGCCAAAAGUACAAAGUCAUGUAAAUUUCCAUGUAAAAUACACUUGAAAAAUAAAUUUGAUUGACCCGGUAUAACCUAUA